GCGAUUACCUGCUCUCCUGAAGGCUCGGAACGACCGUCUCCCCGCGAGCCGACGCUGGGAUCGCGGCCGGCGGCGCGCCGCUACCGCCUCCGCGCAGACCCCGCGCCUCCGCCGCCAGUCAUGGAGGUGGCUCCCGAGCAGCCGCGCUGGAUGGCGCACCCCGCCGUGCUGAACGCGCAGCACCCCGAGUCGCACCACCCGGGCCUGCCGCACAACUACAUGGAGCCGGCGCAGCUGCUGCCGCCCGACGAGGUGGACGUCUUCUUCAACCACCUCGACUCGCAGGGCAACCCCUACUACGCCAACCCGGCCCACGCGCGCGCGCGCGUCUCCUACAGCCCGGCGCACGCCCGCCUGACCGGAGGCCAAAUGUGCCGGCCACACUUGCUGCACAGCCCGGGGCUGCCCUGGCUGGACGGGGGCAAGGCAGCCCUCUCCGCGGCCGCCGCGCACCACCACAACCCCUGGACCGUGAGCCCCUUCUCCAAGACACCCCUGCACCCCUCGGCCGCCGGAGGCCCCGGGGGGCCCCUGUCUGUGUACCCGGGCGCUGGGGCUGGGGGUGGGGGCGGCGGCGGCUCGGUGGCCUCCCUGACCCCCACCGCAGCCCACUCGGGCACCCACCUCUUCGGCUUCCCGCCCACGCCCCCCAAGGAAGUGUCUCCGGACCCCAGCACCACCGGGGCCGCCUCGCCAGCCUCCUCCUCGGCAGGGGGGAGCGCCGCCCCCCGGGGGGACGACAAGGAUGGCAUCAAGUACCAGGUGCCGCUGGGCGAGAGCAUGAAGAUGGAAGGUGGCAGCCCCCUGCGUCCCAGCCUGGCCACCAUGGGCACCCAGCCUGCCACUCACCACCCCAUCCCCACCUACCCCUCCUAUGUGCCAGCCGCGGCCCACGACUACAGCAGUGGGCUCUUCCACCCCGGAGGCUUCCUGGGCGGCCCGGCCUCCAGCUUCACCCCGAAGCAGAGGAGCAAGGCCCGCUCCUGCUCAGUCCAGGGCCUCGGCGGAAGGCAAGGGAGGCUGGGGAGAGAGACGGAAGUGACCGAGGACGGGGGACGGAGAGCAGAAUCUGAGGGCCUGGGACAGGGACCCAGGAAAGGCAGACGCAGCUGGGGAGAGAGGACGGGGCGGAGAGAGGCACUCGAGGCGGCCCAGCCUCCGCCCGGCUGGAGCUGGUGCCCUGAGCAGAACCCCCGGGGCCCGCUGCCCUCCCCGCCAAGGCCGGGAGUGCGUCAACUGCGGGGCCACGGCCACCCCUCUGUGGCGGCGGGACGGCACCGGGCACUACCUGUGCAACGCCUGCGGCCUCUACCACAAGAUGAACGGGCAGAACCGGCCACUCAUCAAGCCCAAGCGGAGGCUGUCAGCCGCCAGGAGAGCAGGCACCUGUUGUGCGAACUGUCAGACCACCACCACCACCUUAUGGCGCCGGAACGCCAACGGGGACCCGGUGUGCAACGCCUGCGGCCUCUACUACAAGCUGCACAAUGUGAACAGGCCGCUGACCAUGAAGAAGGAAGGCAUUCAGACCCGGAACCGGAAGAUGUCCAGCAAGUCCAAGAAGAGCAAGAAGGGGCCCGAGUGCUUCGAGGAGCUGUCCCGGUGUGUGCAGGACAAGGCCUCCCCCUUCAGCGCCGCCGCCCUGGCGGGGCACAUGGCGCCUGUGGGCCACCUGCCACCCUUCAGCCACUCCGGACACAUCCUGCCCACCCCGACGCCCAUCCACCCCUCCUCCAGCCUCUCCUUCGGCCACCCCCACCCAUCCAGCAUGGUGACCGCCAUGGGCUAGGGACCGCCCCACGGACCGACGGACGGACACCGGGGACGGCGCUCCCAGGGCGCGGGGGACCCAGUGCCCAGCUGGCCGGCCCACCCCGAGACCGCGGCCCCUGCCCGCCCAGCUGGACACGCGUGGCCCCACCUGAGGGCGCCCUGGCCGCCACCGUGAAGCAGCUCCCAGGCAGGCCUGGCCACACCCAGGCGGGGUUUCCACCGAGGACUAUGAGCGUGAAGGACAGCUCUGAAGAGACACGAGCGGGCGAGGGACCCUCGGGGGCCGCGGAGGAGGCAGGGGAGCAGGCGGCAGAGUUGAUUUGGCUCAGGUUUCUCACGAGGACGGGGAGACUUGGCUCUUAGGGCCGAGCACCACGUGGCCAGCCCGCCUGCCUGGCUCUGGGGGCAGGUCUCUGGGGGGACCUGGGCCCCCUCUGCAAGCGCCGAACCCAGCUGGGCUGAGCCUCCCCAGGGGGGCCUUGAAGGCCCCGGAGGGCAGAGACAAUCAGGGGCGGCCCUGUGCAGAUUCCCAGGCCAGGGCUGGGUCACAGGAAGGAAGCGCUUUCUUGAGAGGGGAAGCGUCUCCCACAUCGCUCUCUGGUCCUGAGGCUGGAGCCAGCCUGACCCGAGCGCCCUCCUCGGCCCCGACCCGCUGCCGCCGCCUCGGCCAGGGACACCCUGUACAUACUCCUUUUUCUGCUAGCCCCUGAACCCCCCCCUCUUCUCCGACACUGACGCAAAAGAAAAACGUAUAAAAACAAAAGGAGAAAACCUGCAUAAGCUUAAUUCGCUGAUGAGUUUUUCUUUUUAAACUUUGGGUCCAGUCAAUUGUACGUGGCCACAGGAGCCCUUGCUGUGGGGAAAAGGGAAACCUACAAACCAAGGCUGUGGCUGGAGAGACUCUCAGAUGGCACCGUCCUCGGAUGGGGGCCGGGGGCCGGGGGCCGGGGCGGCUCCAGGCUUCGGGGGGCUGACGCAGCAGGUGGGGCUGCCAGGCUCCCGCUGCGCCACGCUGUGGGUGUCUGGACCCUUCCCAAGGUACAGCUGUACAUAACCGUGUCCGGGCGGAGAGUCUGCGGCCGCAGCGGGCGCGGCGGCUGGCCGGGGCCGGCCCAGGAAGAGGACUGUGCUGAUGUAGGCCGAGUGCAAUAGGGGGCACCACAGCCGGAAGUAACUUAUUUUGUACUAGUAUCCGCAGAAGAAGAAGGAUCGGCAGUAUUUUCUGGUUUUAUGUUUUAUUUGGCUCGUUUUAUUUUGGAUUAGUGAACUAAGUUAUUGUUAAUUAUGUACAACAUUUAUAUAUUGUCUGUAAAACCUGUAUGCUCUCUUCCCAUUCCUUCAAA